AUGGAUACAAAUAUAAACUAUAAAUCAUUUAUUAAUAUAGAAUAUGACUCUAUAGAUGAAAAAAAACUAUUAGAUAUUGCAAUUCAUUUAAAAAUCAAACCAAUCAAUAUUAUCAAUCAAUUAGAUAAAAUUAAUUUACAUAAAAUAAUUGAAGACUAUUUACAAAAACAAGAAAAACACCUACAAUUUAUAAAUAACAUUAAAAAAAUCGAACAGAAGCAACUAUUCUGGCUACCAACAAGUAACAACCCAUUAUCUACAUUAGACAACUCCACUAUCGACAGAAAUGAAGUUUUAUUCUGGAGAGUGUUUAGAAAUAAAGUUAUCUUUAAAACAAUAUUUUCAAAUUUUAUAUUCCGAUCAACUUUUAAUUACGAAAGAAUAGUGAGCAUAGAUGAAACAUAUAAAAAGUUUAAAAAUGCAAAUGAAAUAAUAAAAGAUAAAGUUAAAGCUGCAAAUUAUUUAAUUUUUAAAGAUGAUAGAAGCAAUUCUUUCAAACUUUUAUUUGAAAAUUUCAAAAUAGACAAUUAUGAAACCACACAUUUUUACAAUUUGCUUUUUUUCAAUUAUAAACAACAAGUAUUAUACUCUAUGCAAGGAGUAAUCGAGGCCAUCUACUAUACCCAAAAUUAUGUAGCACUUAAUAUUUUCUUAAAUCAUUUCCAGCAAUUCAAAAAAGAAAUUACCACACCAAAAUCGUCUAUAAAUAUUAAUCACUACAAAGAUUUAAAAACAUUUAAAAACAUCAUGUUAAAUCAUAAAGUGUAUCCACAUUUAUAUUUAUCUAACUUUAAUCUCUUUGAUGAAACAUUAAAAUUAAAAAAAAUAAUUAAAAUAACACCAUUUUUAAUAAAACUAUCAUCAAAAAUUUAUAAAAAAGAAAAAACCCAAAUAGAAUCAAGCUUUGAAUUUACAAAAGAACAAUUGAACUCAAACAUUUUAGACUUACUAUUUAAGGACCAUAAUAAUAGUAAUUGUGAAAAUAAUCAAUUAAAAACUACCAUCUAUCAAUACCUCGAUGUUUUUUCCUACACUAGACUCACCAAACCAUUCUUUUAUUACUUUUUUAAUAAUGUUUCAACAUAUGUAAAAGAAUUACCAAUACCUCAAACUUUGCAAGAAAUAUUUUCAAUAAGCAAUUUAGAACUAAUUAAAGCUUGUCUAAAAACUUUUGAUGAAUGUGUAUUUAACUCAAAACUAAUUAAUGAUUACGAACUAGGAACGCUCCUUAACAAACCUCAAUCAUCCAAUGUAUUCGAAUUCCUAAUAGACUACUACUCCAAACGAAUUAUUAUAGAUAAAAGCAAGUUCUUUUUAUUCAUCGAAAAUGACCAGUUUUUACAAAUUCUGGAAACAAAAAUGGUAUCAAGUGGUAAAUUCUUUUUAUUUAAUAAAAAUAAUUUAGAAUACUCAAUCUUGAGAGGUGAUUUAUUUGGAAAAUUCAACAGAGCAAUCUGUAAAUCCGAGGUUUAUAAAAUCGAUUAUGAUUUUUUUGAUACUCAAAUUUUUAGAAAAGAAAUAGAAAAAUCAACUUUAAAUAUAGAUGAAGAAAAGAUUACAGAAGAACUAUCACCUAUCUUCAAAAUACUAUUUAAAAAUAAUAAUAAUAAAAACAAAAAUAAUAAUAAAAAUAAAAAAAACCCAACACUCAAAGAAAUUUCCAAUGCAAAGGUAAAUUUGAAUAAAUAUGGUGUACAAGUAGAAGAUAGUAUCUAUUUCGAUACCAUAAAUUAUUUUUAUAAAAUGCAUAAUCCUAAAGAUACAAAUUGCUCCAAUGCAAUCAUAGAAUUUCAAAUAUAUUACCAAGAUAAAUUAAAGCACAUAUCAGAACUUUCCACAAAAAACAACAACUUAACAGUUAUCAAAUAUUUAGCUAGAAAUCAUAAAGAUAAAUUUUUAAUCCUAUUAGAUCUAUUAUUAGAAAUAUCAGUUAAAAAUGAUAAAUUAGAAGUGUGUCAAUAUCUUUUAGAUUUUGCAAAGGAAAAUAACAUACACUUUGUUUUAGAUGAUGUACUCGAUAAUUUUUUUAAUGAAAAAAGAAAAAAAGAUACAUCAAUAUACAAAUGUUUAAUAAAAGAUGAAUAA